AUGCGCCACCUCCCCUACCUCUCCUACUACCUCUACCCCAUCCUCGCAGGCCUCAUCUGGCUAGCCACCCUCCUCGCCCUCCUCAUCCACUGGCUCGUCCCCCCCGUCUCCCGAGCGCACUACCCCUCCAUGGCAGCCUCCCAACAAAUAGCCUACAUCUCCGACGUCGGCGCCUCAACACUAAAGCCCCUCUUCAUCACCGGCUGCGUCCUCACCACUGUUUUCCUCGACAUCUCCUUCGCGGCAGAUUACUACCUCCGCCACAAAGGCCGGUUGGUCCCCAACCAAACCCGGACGGAGACAGUCCUCGCCUUUCUCACCAUCGGGUUCGCAAUCAUUGGAACUGUCGGGUUGAUUUUGCUCUCGGUGUUCGACACGGCGAGGUACCCGAAGCUGCACAAUAUUUUUUUGCUGCUGUUUAUUGGGGGGUAUGUGCUGUCGGCGAUUUUUAUUUGUUGGGAGUAUCAACGGUUAGGUCAACACUAUAAACACCACCACCAACUCUCCACAUCCUUCUGGAUCAAACUAACAUUUGUCAUUCUGGAAAUCUUGCUAGCGAUCGCUUUUGUGUCAUGCACAUUCACCCAGCACUACAACGCUGGCGCGGUGUUGGAGUGGGUUAUUGCUUUUAUCUUUUCGGCGUACGUGUUUAGCUUUGUGGUUGAUCUCUGGCCUGCGAUCAAGACGCAGCCAAACUUGAAUUUGCACAACCCAAGAGAAAAAGGGAUGGGUUUUGAGGGGAAUGGGGGGCAGGUAGUGAAUGGGAAUGGGUAUGGGAAUGGGACGGGGGACAUGAGGUAUGUCGGGGCGAGCGAGAUGGAGGAGGGCGGGGGGGAGAGUAGCGGGAGUCAUUUGCCCAUUCAGGGGUAUGGGAAUGCAGUGGGCGGUGGGCCGGUGAUGGGGUUGACGGAUCACAGUAGCAGGCCGGUGACGAGGGAGAGGGGGUUGGCCGGUAACUUCUAAUUUUCUGGGUUUUAGCUAUGCUUGGAAGGGAGUUUUAGUUGGGGUUCUCUGGUCUGGUCUGUUUUGGGAGAAGAGCGGGGGCUGGAUAUGGUAGAUGUAGAUACGAUUCUGGUUUUUUGUCUGGUCGUGUCUGUCGGUAAAUUGCAUAGCCAAGAGCGCUUCUUCAGAACAAACGCUUGGUGUGGCCGGAAGUUAUCCCUUCGUUUUAUUUUCGAAGGCUAUGAACCCAUAUAUUGCCGUGGAGAAACGUUCCUCG